AUGGAGUCUUUAAUGAAUGUUAACCGAAAAACACUUCAUGUUCUUAUGUUCCCAUGGUUGGCUCAUGGACACAUAUCUCCCUAUCUAGAGUUGGCCAAAAGACUUACGAAGAGAAACUUCGUAAUCCAUUUGUGUUCAACCCCAGCAAAUUUGAGUUCCAUUAAGCACAAAAUUGGUGAAAAGUUUGCACGUUCGAUUCGACUAGUAGAACUUCAUCUCCCAAAAUUGCCUGAACUUCCUCCUCGUUACCACACCACCAAUGGUCUCCCUCCCAACCUCAUGCCAACCCUCAAAAGAGCAUUUGAAAUGGCAGCCCCUAAUUUUGCUUAUAUUUUGAGCACCAUUAAGCCUGAUUUGCUAAUUUAUGAUUUUCUUCAGCCAUGGGCGCCAUUGGCUGCUGCACUCCUUAAUAUACCUGCGGUGGAGUUCAUCACUAGCAGUUCCAGUAUGACUGCUUACAUGUUCCAUUUCUUUAAGCACCCCGGCAUCGAAUUCCCCUUUCCGACACUGUUCUAUCGUGAAUACGAGCUUGUUCAUCGAGCCAAAUUGCUGGAGUCUGCUACCGAUAAACAGGUAAAAGAACAUGCUUUUCAAGGUAUUCAAAGGUCAUCUAAGAUUGUUCUGGUAAAGGGCUUUAGGGAGAUUGAGGCUAAAUAUAGUGAUUAUCUUUCCAGUUUAGUAGGGAAGAAAAUUGUUCCUGUUGGGGCAUUGGUUCAAGAUCCCACACAUGAAAAUGACAGUUCAGAUAUCAUAGAAUGGCUAGAUAAAAAGGAUAAAAAUUCCACUGUUUUUGUUUCUUUUGGGACUGAAUAUUUUCUUACAAGAGAAGAUAUGGUGGAACUGGCUUAUGGUUUAGAACUUAGCAAUGUCAAUUUCAUAUGGGUUGUUAGGUUUCCCAAGGGAAAGAAAACCAUACUCGAAGAUGCUUUGCCAUUAGGGUUUCUUCAAAGGGUAAGGGAGAGAGGACUGGUGGUAGAGGGUUGGGCUCCACAGGCUAAAAUAUUGAACCAUCCAAGUAUCGGUGGCUUUGUUAGCCACUGUGGAUGCAGUUCUGUGAUGGAGGGUAUGAAGUUUGGUGUUCCAAUCAUUGCCAUGCCAAUGCACCUAGACCAGCCACUCAAUGCCAGGCUGAUGGAAGAUGUAGGGGUUGGAAUGGAGGUAGUGAGGGAUCAUUUUGGAGAUCUUCAGAGGAAGGAGGUGGCAGCCGUGAUCCGCCACGUGGUGGUCGACACUGGUGGAGAAUCUAUUCGGACGAACGCGAGAAAAAUGAGUGAGAAGAUCAGGAUCAAGGGCGAUGAAGAAAUUGAUGAGGUUGUGCAAGAACUUGUGCAGCUUUGUGCUAUCAAGAAACGCCGUGGCUUCCAUUGA